GAGUGUAUUUCUUUUUAUAUGUAAUAAAAACAUACUUUGUGAAAACCCCUCUAUACAAAAGUUGUGCAAAAUUAAGGUACAGAUUCAGAGUGAGAAGCGCCCAUCGAAGAUGAAGAGAAUUCCUUUGAGUUACUGCUCCAAUGGUAUCCCUUUUCUCUCUUUCUUUACUAAUUCCAUUUCUGGUUCGGCAUUUACAGUUGUUAGACCUUAUUCUUCAUCCCAUACUAAUACAGUAAACGAGAAUGUCAAGUGUUUAGAUGAUGCUGUUAUUGUCUUCCAUCAAAUGCUAUUGCCUGAUGCAUCGUGCUGAUUGUGGGUUUUCGGUGUUACCCAUUUACCUCAAGAAGGGUAUUCCAUUUGGUACAGUCACCUUUAACACCCUAAUAAGGGGAUUCUUUGCUGAAAAUAAGGUCAAAGAUGCUGUUGAAUUGUUCAAAAAGGUAGUGAGAGAGAAGAUUUGUGAGCCCAACCAAGUCACAUAUGCAACCAUAAUGAAUGGGCUCAGCAAAAGGGGGCAUACUCAGAAGACUUUAAGUUUGCUACGGUUAAUGGAACAGGGGAACACUAAGCCCGACAUAUUUAACUACAACAUCGUCAUAGAUGCCCUUUGCAAAGAUGGGAACUUAGAUGCUGCUAUCAGCCUUUUGAACGAGAUGAAACAGAAAGGCAUUCCUCCAGACAUAGUCACAUAUAAUUCAUUGAUUGAUGGUUUGUGUAAGCUUGGUCAGUGGGAUAAGGUUAGGACUUUGUUCUCUGAUAUGGCCUUGAACCUUAAUAUUUAUCCAGAUGUGCGCACCUUCAACAUAGUGAUAGAUGGACUAUGUAAAGAAGGGAAAGUUGCAGAUGCCGAGGAAGUAAUGAAAUUCAUGGUGGGAAAAGGUGUAGAGCCCGAUAUAUUCACCUACAAUGCGAUGAUGGAUGGAUAUUGUUUGCGUGGUCAACUUGAUGGAGCGAGGAGAAUUUUUGAUUCCAUGAUAGAUAAGAACAUUGAACCUGACAGUAUUAGCUAUAACAUACUUAUAAAUGGAUAUUGUAAGAAAAAGAAAUUGUCCGAGGCCAUGCUAUUGUUUUGUGAAAUUUCUCAAAAGGGAUCAAAGUCUGAUAUUGUUACCUACAAUACUAUCUUGCAAGGUCUGUUUGAAGUUGGAAGAAUUGGCGAUGCAGAAAAAAUUUAUGCCGAGAUGCUAUCUACGGGCCCUAGACCUGAUAUAUACACUCAUUGCACUUUGCUCAAUGGUUAUUUUAAGUAUGGGCUUGUUGAAGAAGCUAUGUCACUCUUUAAAAAGUUGGAAAGAAAGAGAGAAGAUAUUGAUAUUACAUUUUACAAUGUUGUCAUUAAUGGAUUGUGCAAAAAUAGUAAACUCAAAGAAGCUUAUGCUGUUUUUGAGAAGCUUUAUUUCAUUGGAUUGCUUCCGGAUGUGAGAACAUACAAUGUAAUGAUAAAUGGAUUUUGUCUCGAAGGGUUGUUUGAUGAAGCUAAAGAUAUUCUAAGAAAAAUGGAAGACAAUGGUUGCUUUCCAGACAAUGUCACUUACAAAAUUAUUGUGCAAGGAUUUCUCAGGUGCAACAGAAUUAGUUAAAUGGCAAUUUUCAUGAAGGAAAUGGCCGAAAGGGACUUCUCAUUUGAUGCAACUACAACUGAGUUUUAGUUAAAUGUUAUAAGGGCGAAUCCUUCCGUCCUCGAUAUGAUACCAGAGCUUCGCUUGGAAAAAAACCAGUGACCAUUUCUUUCACUUGGUUUAGGAUGUAAUUUUAGGAGCUUUAUGUAUGAACUAAAAGUACUGGAUGAUCUUUUGGGAAUUGAAUUUUUAGAACAAUAAAAUUGUAACUUUUUUUUUCUUUUGGUAAAUAAAGAAUUGUAUUGCUCAAGAAGAAAAACAGUACCUAACUGGCCUGGGCUUAUAAAAAUUGUCGAACUUAAUUGGUCCUUUGACUAUAGCCAUUUUCAACUAAUGUAGGAGAUGGAGGGAAGGGAUUUCUUUUGAAGAUGUAGAAAUUUUUAUGCAAUUCUCUACUGUAAUAAUUCUUUAUUUCUA